CUACAGGAGAGUACAAGUGUGUGUGUGUCCAGGGGGUGGAGUCCAGGGGGUGGAGUCACUGCAGAACCAAAAGUCCAGGGGGUGGAGUCAUUGCAGUACCAAAAGUCCAGGGGGUGGAGUCGCUGCAGAACCAAAAGUCCGGGGGUGGAGUCGCUGCAGUACCAAAUGUCCAGGGGGUGGAGUCACUGCAGAACCAAAAGUCCAGGGGGUGGAGUCAUUGCAGUACCAAAAGUCCAGGGGGUGGAGUUGCUGCAGAACCAAAAGUCCAGGGGGUGGAGUUGCUGCAGAACCAAAAGUCCAGGGGGUGGAGUCGCUGCAGAACCAAAUGUCCAGGGGGUGGAGUCGCUGUAGAACCAAAAGUCCAGGGGAGGGGGUGGAGUCGCUGCAGUACCAAAUGUCCAGGGGGUGGAGUCGCUGCAGUACCAAAUGUCCAGGGGGUGGAGUCGCUGCAGUACCAAAUGUCCAGGGGGUGGAGUCGCUGCAGUACCAAAGGUCCAGGGGGUGGAGUCGCUGCAGUACCAAAGGUCCAGGGGGUGGAGUCGUUGCAGUACCAAAGGUCCAGGGGGUGGAGUCGCUGCAGUACCAAAGGUCCAGGGGGUGGAGUCGCUGCAGUACCAAAUGUCCAGGGGGUGGACAUUCGCUGCAGUAAUUACAGCCUUGCAGACCUUUGGGACUCUAGCUGCCAGUUUUUUGAGUGUGGGAAUUGGAGCAGACUUCAGCCCGUGUCCAAAAGGUUUGUCUUCUCUGGCCACCAGAUCCGCUGUUCUCUGUUUUUCACGAAAGACUGGAAUUGCCCUCUGCCUCCCAGAUACGCCACAGGUUCUCUCAUCCGAGCUGAAUCCAUCCACUCUUCAUCACAGAGACUGAAGAAACGGCAGCCGGAAGAACCACCUCCACGAGAACUCGACUUGCUUCGUUAUGAUCUGAAGGUUCUGAAGAACGCCCCUAAACCAGCACUGUAUCUGGGAUUUUCCGGUCUCUUACCAUUUGUAUCUGCUCCGUUACUCAUGGCCAUCACAGAGACAUACAUUCCUGAAUUAGCUUACGCUCAGGUUGUAUACGGAGCCUCGAUCGUUUCCUUUCUCGGAGGUGCUCGUUGGGGUUUCGCCUUACCCGAGGGCAGCCCAGCAAAACCCGACUGGCUGAACCUAGCCAACAGUGUUGUUCCCUCUAUAAUCGCAUGGCUAGCUCUGCUGUUUAGCCACAAUAUUAUCCAGUCUGGCAUGCUGGUGAUCAUGGGGCUGGGAAUAUCGCUGCAUUACGACCUGGCCCUGUUACCCACGUAUCCCAGCUGGUUCAAGGCAUUGAGGACAAUCCUCACUACAGUGGCUUUCUUCUCUUUAAUGGCCACUAUAGUUCUUAAAGGAUUCUAUCCAGAGAAGAGAUAUCUGACCCAGGAGUGAUUUCUUAUUUAUAUGUAAAUCUCACUUUGAACUCAUAACAUAAUACAUAUAUAAAAUAUACCUGCCAUAACAAGCUAAGAAAAUCUUUAUCAAUAAAAAUGUACAAUUACACAAUUUUUUUAAAUUAAAAUAAUUGUGGAGCCUAGAAGUACAUAUUUUAGACAUGUGUGGACAUGAUUGUGUUUGUUUAAUUACUGAUACUGUUACUAUUGACAACACUGUCACACCCCAGAAAUGAGUUCAGUUUAACACUUCAAACGUCGUCAGUCAUUCAUAUGCAGUAGUGUUUACAGCAGAAGGCAAAUAAAUGAUCAUGAUCACUUUGCUGACUCAUUUUUCACACAUAAAUGUGCAGUAAAAUGUUCAGUGUUUAAAGACUAGUAUCUAUCUAUAAUUUGUAAAUGUGUGACUAAAAUUAAUGGUUAUUUUAUGAAUCUGGUAUAUGUAUAAAUUCAAAAUAUUUUUUUCUCCUGUAUUUGUAAUGAAAAUAAAUUGUGGAACUUUUCGUUUAUUUUAGUACACAAAAUUAAUACCAGAAAAAAAGCCUCCAAUAUUUUCCCUCUAAUUGUCUACUUUUUUUAUUGGAUAUUUCCACAGUAUGUGAAAAAUUAUUGAAAUUCAAAUUUUAUAUGUCACACACACACAACCAUACACACGUUAGACUGAACGCGGUGUAGUAAAAUGUUUUUUACAACUGUCUGUGACAUAAAAUAGAAUGUACAUAGAGUUAGAAAAUGGGAAACUAUUAAAAGAAAAAGUAUAAAAAUAUAACGUGAGGAUUUAACGAUGGUGGCAGAAACAGUCUCAAAGUGCAGAUAUGUGCAACUGUUUUCUGCAAUAUAAUGCUGUGCAACAUUAAGCUGAGGUAGUUGUAGGAUAUUGUCAACAUAUAUAAUAAAUACAUAUAAAUGAUA